AUGACUGACCGAAAGCUGUUUCGUCGUCUUCCUACAGCCGUCGUUCCUUGUAACUAUGUUAUCAGACUUCAUCCAGACGUCGUAAGCUUUACAUUCACUGGUCAGGAAGACAUCAGCGUUGAGAUAACAGAGUCAGUCACAGACGUGACACUGAAUUGCCUAGAUAUCAGAAUAACUAGUGCAAAAUUUACUACAAAGAAUGCAUCUCUGAUUGGAACAACUACCUACAAUGUUGAAGCACAAGUUGCUACAAUUCAUUUUCCAGAAGCACUUUCUCUAGGAACUGGACAGCUCUCAUUGAAAUUUACAGGAGAGCUAAAUGACAAACUGAAGGGCUUUUAUCGAAGCAAAUACACACAUCCUAAUGGAGAGACACGCUAUGCCGCUGUUACUCAGUUUGAGCCAACAGAAGCUCGUAGAGCAUUUCCUUGCUGGGAUGAACCUGCACUGAAAGCAACAUUUGAAAUUACACUGGUGGCACUGAAAAAUCAAGUUGCUCUCUCUAACAUGGUGAGAAACUGCAAUUAUGGCAAGGAUCCUACUUGCCUGUAA